AUGGACAACAUUUCCAAGGAGUUCAUAAAGGAAAAAAUUUUCAAUUUACCUGGUCCAUUUUGUAGUGCAAGACGCGUGUACAAUAGCUUUUCCUCUAAUUUAAGACCAAGCCCUCAAUUGACAGAGGAAUGUUUUAGAGAACUCGAAAAACAAUCUCUUGGUCAUUUUAAAAAGGUAAAGAGGUCUAUGUACUUUUAUAAAGCACUCCCCUCGUCACUUAAUGAAAACCAUCUUCGGGGUUUUAAUCUUUCUCUUGAUGAUUACAUAAGAACAUUUUUAAAAAGAGAUGAUCUUUUGGCCUCUAAGGAAAGAAAUACAAUGUUGCACUAUCACCCCUUAGAAAAGGAACUCAGGGAAUACCUGAUAAAAAAUCAAGCUCCUAUCUUAGAUGAUUAA